AUGCCUCCAUCUUUUAGAGGCUCAGUACUUUCAGAGCCUGAGCUAAUGGAAAGCAUGCAGGGCAUGCCCAUUCAAAUUCCAGCAAGCGGGCUCAAUACAAAUUCAAGUAGAUGGACUAACAACACUGAUGAACAUCCGUCACCACCACUUCUGGCCUCGUCUGUUGGUAAAGAUGUGGAGGGCCGUCUAGUACCCAGCUCCUCUACUAUUAGUUUACUUUCAUUGAAUAUACACAACCAACAGAACAAUAGUAAUGAUAGCACUUCUAGUGCAGUAGUGGACGAUGAAGAGGAACAAGUUGUAAAGGCUAUCCGGCUACCGCCACAGCAUCUAAGAGCUAAUUCCAGCAACCAUCUCAUGCUCCAAAGGCAUCAGCAUUAUACGGCGGUGCCCACUCAUGGUCCUGCAAUAACACUGGUGCAACACGGCUCUGGAAGUACGGUCCGCACCCCUGACUCACCUGGCUUGAUGCCAGUCUCAGUCGUCGGGUCACCAUCAAAGAUGUGGCUACAAACUCCACCCCUUGGGUUACAGAUACAGCAACAAUCCGUCAUACAGCAUAUAGGGUCAGAAUCUCCAAACUUAGAUCCCGUUGGUGGUUCUCUUCCCAAUAUGACACCUCUGGCUCUUUCAACGUUGAAGGAUCGAGCGGAACGAGAGGAUGAAAAAGGAACGAUAUGA